AUGCCUGUUUUCACUGAAUACUCGACCUCUUCUCGCGAUUUGCGCGUCCUCCCGUCUUUCGCGCCUCCUGUACCGCGUCUGAGUCCAAAGUUCAAGCCAGAAGGUUCGCAAGAGAAGUAUGAAGUUGUUAUCGCAGGUGCUGGGCCCGCAGGCCUCUUUCUCGAGGUUCUCCUGGCUCGAUACGGCCUGAGCGAUUCCUCCCUCCUAUGCGUCGAUGCGAAACCUACCUCGUUGAAAUCCGGCCAAGCAGAUGGGCUGCAGCCGCGCACACUGGAAAUCUUGAAGAGCAUGGGCCUUCUAGAAGAGAUCCUCACAGAAGGCUGUCAGAUGUGGGAGGUUGCUUUCUGGAAUCCUAGUAGUAGCAAGGCAGACGGUGCCAGUGGAGGCAUCGAGCGAACCUCCAUAGUCCGGGACGUGGCUGUACCGGCUAGAUAUCCCCAUGAAGUUACCAUCCACCAGGGGCGCAUUGAGCGCAUUCUCGAAGAUGAUCUCAAGCGAUACUCGACUCGCGGCGUUCAACGCUCGACUCGCGUUACGAAGGUCCAUAUCGACGAAGAGGGGGAUGCAGAAUUUCCCGUUGUCGCCGAAAUCGAAGGGCCCUCAGGUGUGCGAACGGUUCGAACCAAACAUCUCGUCGGAGCUGAUGGAGCACAUUCCUUGGUGCGGAGAUCAAUGGACCUGAAGCUAGAGGGAGAGACGUCUGAUUUCAUCUGGGGAGUCGUGGAUUUCGUUGCCGAAACCGACUUCCCAGAUAUCAGAAGGCGGUGUGCAAUUCAUUCAGAUAACGGGAGCGUGAUGGUCAUACCUAGGGAGAGGAUUGCUACGGGCGAAUAUUUGACGAGGCUGUAUGUUCAUGUUCAAGAUGAAGUCAAGCCAGACAGUGAUAUAGCGGCCGAGGAAGGUAUCGAAGGGGAGAACAAGACUCGUGCCAAGGCUAGAAGGGAGAAAAUCACUAUGGAGAGCAUAUUUGCACAGGCUCAGGAGGUCUUCAAACCAUACAAAAUCCGGCCUAGGAGAGAUGAUGCGGUCGACUGGUGGGCUGCAUACCAGAUUGGGCAACGAGCAUCUAAGCAGUUCGUCAAGAAGGAUUCCAAAGGCAUCAACCGCGUAUUCAUUGUUGGAGAUGCAUGCCAUACCCACAGCCCCAAAGCUGGUCAGGGCAUGAACGUAUCAAUGAUGGACUCCUACAACCUAUCUUGGAAAUUGAUACAUUCCAUCAACGGACUCACACCACAUCCUGCAGGAGCUGUUGACCAUAUCCUGGAUACAUAUCAGACUGAACGGUCUACUAUAGCCCAACAACUCAUCGCCUUCGACAAGGAGUUCUCUUACAUGUUCUCAGGCAAAAUCGGCACCGAAGACGGCAAAGAAGGCCUCACUCACGAACAGUUCCUCGAGGUAUUCAGCACCGGCAAUGGAUUCACAAGUGGAUGCGGUAUCGAAUACCCUGACAACGUUUUGGUUGAACAGACGACCCGGGAUGGUAUUAUCGAGGGAAACGAUUAUCUACAAGGUGUUUUACGGCCAGGACGGCGAUUGCUGAAUGUGAAGGUCAAACGACACGCCGAUGGUAACAGAAGAGAUCUCCAAGAUGACUUCCCCUCAACCGGGCGUUUCCGCAUUCUCCACUUCACAACCACCGAUCUCCUCUCACCAUCCGGCAGCUCCUCCACCUCACUAAACGCAAUCUCCAGCAUCAUCCCCCUUUUCCCCCCGGGAAUGAUCGAGCUCGUCAUCCUGCACCCCCUUCCGCAAAACACAUUCGUCUGGUCCGAACUCCCUCGCGUCGUGAAAACAGAAGCUGAGAUGCGCUUUCACAAUGGCACGGAAUUGGAAGAUGCGUAUAGGGUUUAUGGGGUGAGUCGAGAGAAGGGCGCGAUUGCGGUCGUUAGACCGGAUGGGUAUAUUGGCACGAUUGCGGAUUUGAAUGAUACGGAACGGGUAGAGAGAUAUUUGAAGGGAUGCUUGAGAGAAAUUAAUUAA